UUAGGUUUAGUUCGGUGGCAGUUCCUUGGAAUUUUGAUGUUCGUCAUCUGUUUGUAUAAAGAAUUGAAGUGAUUUAAUCAUCGGUUCUAAUUUAUCCGGAUAUCAGGCAAGGAAAUGGUUCGGCAGAAGAGGACCGCGGUCCAAGAGGAAGAAGAUCGGUUGGCGAAAAAAUUGUUCGGUAGCAAUGCUGGCUUCCCAGAUGGCUUUGAGGAUAGCGAUGAUGAUGUUGAUGACGAGGUGGAAGGAACAUUUAAAGCAGAGGAAGAAGCUGCUAAGAAACCCGUUUGGCAGGAUGAAGAUGAUGAGGUUGAAGAGGCAGUUGUUGAUGUGCCACUGCAUCGUAAAAAAGUACACAUUAGGAAAGCAACAGAUGCUCUGAAUCAGAAAAUAACUCCGAAGGAAUAUGAGGGACGAUUACGACAGUUGUUUCACCACAGUUCUGGUGCUGCUCCAGCGUGGUCUCAAUCUUCCUUUUGUGAAAGCAAGAAAAUACAAAAUUCUGGAUCAGAUGACGACGAUCUGGAGGAUGCAUUGCACGAAGUAACUGCGUUUACAGGAAAAUGUAUCACCAGCAGCAAAUCAUUAACGAAAGGCGUAAUUAGCAUGAAACGAUUGAAUAACAUUACACGUGGGCAUCGAUUUGGGAAGAAACCGAUGAGAGCAUUACAAUUUCAUCCUACUCGUAAGGUACUUAUGUGUGCCGGUGAAAAUGGUCUUCUCAGUCUUUUCGAGAUAGGCUUACCAGAAACAGAGGAAGCUUUUCUGCAAAAUGUUCGUUUUAAGGCACUCCCAAUCACCAGUGCUUCUUUUACUGCAGACGGUUCCAAAAUAAUUGUUGGCUCGAAAAGGAAGGAAUCUCUUUUUUGCUACGACCUUCUGAAUGGCAAAGUGAUGCAAAUGAGAACUCCGUAUGAAAUGGCGAAAGUGCACAUGGGGUAUUUUUCGCUUUCGUCUGAUGGCAAAUACAUAGCUGUUCUGGAGCACAACGAAGUACAUAUUUUAACUUCAACGUCAUCGGAAUAUGUUGGCGUCCUGACAGCUUCAGUAAAAAUUGCAUCUGUGCAAUUCUUUCCGAAUGAUUCAUCGACCGUUUUUGCUCUCGGUGAAAAUGGACAGGUAUUUAUAUGGAACAUCAGAAAGCCAAGAGGACAACAAACAUUUCAUGAUGAAGGUUCAGUUAGAGGAACAGUGAUACGAAUAAGUGAAAAUGGUCAAUACAUCGCCUGUGGAUCUAAUACAGGAAUUGUAAAUCUAUACGACUCUACGGAUGUCCAGACAAAUUUGUUCCCCAAACCCGUAAAAGUACUCGAUAAUCUUACAACAAGUAUUGAUUGUAUGGCAUUUAAUACUGAUUCGCAAAUUCUUUCAAUAUCUUCGAGUGUAAAAAAUAAUUCGAUCCGGUUGAUGCAUGUUGGGAGCCGAACUGUUUAUACAAAUUUCCCGUCAAGAGCUGUAAGUCUUGGAAAAGUAACGGUGGCUGACUUUUCACCAAAAAGUGCUUAUAUGGGUGUUGGUGAUGAUCGGGGCUUCCUUUCCCUAUUUAGACUUUCACAUUUCACUACUUAUUAAAGGAAAUUUCUGGAAAGUAAUGUUUGAUCGUACGGUGAUAAACAAGUUUUAGCAAAGAAAUACUUAGCACUGGUCGGAAAAUCAAAGUAAUAGAAGGAAGUAAGAUCA